AUGGCUUCCGAAGUCCCCCAUUCUUCUUCCACAGAGCAGCCAGCCAUGGACUUUGGCAAGGGCGGCCACCUCAUUGUUGUCUCAAACAGACUCCCCAUCACCAUAAACAAGGAUGCCCAUGGCGAGUACCACUUUAAGAUGUCCUCGGGAGGUCUCGUCUCUGCUCUCUCUGGGUUCAAGAAAUCCCUCAACUUUACCUGGAUCGGAUGGCCAGGGUUCUUCAUUCCCCCCAAGGAUCGUCCGCUCGUCGACAAACGGCUCAUGGAGGAGUACUCAUGCCAGGCAGUCUACCUCGACGAUGACGUAGCUGAUCGUCACUACAACGGUUUCUCAAAUUCCAUCCUCUGGCCCCUCUUCCACUAUCACCCUGGCGAGAUGAACUUUGAUGAAGAGAACUGGCUUGCAUACCGUCAGGCUAACAUGCAGUUCGCCGAGGCAGUUCGCAAGCAAAUUACCCCAGGCGCCAUGGUUUGGGUCCAGGACUACCAUCUCAUGCUGCUUCCCAUGCUUCUGCGUGGUAUUCUCGACGGCAAAAAGAAUGUCGGCACAUUCACCAAUGAUGAGCUCACCAAAAUCACAGAAGGCAUUGACGUCACCGCUUUCUCAACUACCCAGGCUCCGACACCCGGCGUCAAAAUCGGCUUCUUCCUUCAUACUCCCUUCCCGAGUAGUGAAAUCUACAGAAUUCUUCCAGUCCGCAGGGAGAUUCUUCUCGGUGUUCUGUAUUGUGACUUGAUUGGCUUCCACACCUAUGACUACGCUCGUCAUUUCUUGUCGUCCUGUACCCGUAUUUUGGGUUUGCCUACCAUGCCCAACGGUGUGGAAUUUGAAGGCAGACUUGCUCAUGUGGGGACUUUCCCCAUCGGCAUAGAACCGAGCAGUUUCAUAGACAAUCUUCAAAAGCCGUCCGUUAUCAACCGAAUCAAGCAACUCGAACAGCGGUUUGGGGGCGUCAAAGUUAUCGUUGGCGUCGACCGUCUGGAUUAUAUCAAGGGUGUCCCUCAAAAAUUACAUGCACUUGAGUUGUUCCUAUCUCAGCAUCCGGAGUGGAUUGGAAAGGUCGUUCUCGUCCAGUUGGCUGUCCCAUCACGACAAGAUGUUGAGGAAUACCAAAACUUGAGGUCGACUGUCAACGAACUCGUGGGCCGUAUUAAUGGUCGUUUUGGGACCGUGGAAUUCAUGCCUAUCCACUUUAUGCACAAGAGUUUGGCUUUCGAUGAACUUUGUGCUUUAUAUGCCGUCAGUGAUGUGUGCCUUGUCUCCAGUACGCGAGACGGUAUGAACCUUGUGUCAUACGAAUAUAUUGCCUGUCAACAAGCGCGUCAAGGCGUCAUGAUCCUCUCUGAGUUUGCAGGUGCAGCGCAGAGUCUGAAUGGAUCUAUUAUUGUCAACCCUUGGGACUCGCAGCAGGUGGCUGAUGCUAUCCAUGAGGCCGUCACAAUGGAUGCGUCUGUCCGUGCGGAAAACCACCGCAAGCUCUUCAAGUACGUCAACAAGUACAGUGCGGCGUUUUGGGGGAGCAGUUUCAUCAAAGAGAUGAGCAAAAUUGAAGCGACUGAUGUCGCGCCAGAGGGUCAGGCAGAGCUCUCGGUAAAACCUGAGGAUAUUGCAGGCUCGGGGAGCGUUAUUGUCAAUGGCUCCGUGCCGUUGUCUGUAUAA